CAACUACAACCCCUAUACGAAGGUCAGCACGGCUCCCUUCACGCAUUCCCUCGAAGGCUUGCAGCUUUGAGCAGGGAGCCAGGGUGAGUGCUGAAAAUCCCUGGUCUACCGUGGGAAUAAGGUCUAGAAAAAAUUACACGAUCCUGUGCUGAUAAUAUCUUCAUGAAUUUAUUGAAUUUGCAUUAUUUGCACACAAGAAACAUUCCAUAAAUCAAUUUGAAGAGUGAAGCACGUCUGCAGAAAGUCAGUUCGCAGAAUCAAUAUAUUGAUAAACCAGCUGAUUUCAGAAUCAAAAUAAUGAUUAGCCAGCUGAUUGCGGAAUCAAAAUAUUGAUUCUCGCCGGGAUUAGCCGCCGUGAUGAAUCAAUAUCUUGAUUAGUUUCAAGACGCUUUCCUAAACUAACCAAAGAGGGCAUGUCCAACAAAAUGGAAUUACUAUCAAAGCACCACCUGGAUGUGAACAAGAAACACCAAGCAUGCUGCGUUCUGCUGAAGAUCGGCUGGUGGCUCUGUAUCCUGAUGGCUCCACCUGGCUAAGGACAACUGCCUGGCGCCGACUAGCACUCCAGUCAGCUGGCCAGGAGACUGCUGAGCCUGCACGUCAUGUGAGCAUCGGCAGACACACAUUGGCUGCCUGUGACACAGGCGGCUCGCUGCUGACCCUGGAUGGGGUACCGACACCGGCCGGUGAGCGGCUGCAGGCGAUCUCCUGCGGCCGAGAGCACGUGGUGCUGCUCACACGCUCCGGACGAGUUUUCACCUUCGGUGGCGGCAGCCGAGGUCAGCUGGGGACCGGCGAGCUGAGUUCCUCGGACAUGCCUCAGCUGGUGACCGCCCUGGACGGACUGGCCAUCACCCAGGUGUGCGCCGGCGGAUGGCACACGGCAGCGCUGUCGAGCUCUGGUGACGUGUACACCUGGGGCUGGAACGAGUCCGGCCAGCUCGGGCUCGGCGACACAGUGAACGUGGCUGCCGAGCCGGCCCUGGUGGACGCGCUUCCCAGUGACGUCACCGUCACUCAGCUGGCCUGCGGCUCGCGACACACGCUGGCGCUGCUCGAGGACGGCUCAGUGAUGGGCUGGGGCUGGAACGGUCACGGUCAGCUGGCCCUGCCGCCCUGUGACCGGUCACCGCCCCGGGCCCUGCCGCUGCCGGAGCGAGGCACCGUGGUCAGGGUAGCCGCCGGUGGCUGGAACUCCGCUCUGGUAACCCGGGAGGACAGCUGAUGAGUCUUCGGUGACCGGUGCAGUGAAGUAGCGUGCUUUGUAAAAUUGAAAGAUAUUUCGGGGUGCGCCUAACCGGGCAGGAUGGCGAGCCCAAGGUGAUAAGGCGAGCCCUUUUAUGGCGUGCGUCAUAAAUUCGAAGUAUCCGGUACUAAAGCUGAUUUUGCCAGCGUGUAUCGUUUUCAGAUUGGGUAUUUGGUCGUGAUCACAGCACCUUGCCUCUGCUAUGUGAUAUGGGGAUUUGGGAGGGCCUUGUCAUAAAAUGGUGGGGUAUGCAAUGAAAUGUAUUUUGUGUGCUUGAAAAGGUUACUUUUUGCAGUGUUUUCUUAAGCUUUUAGUUAUGGAAGGCUUAGCUUUUCGAAUUUCGAAAGGGUUAGCAUAGUGUAAAUGACGUGCGCUUACCGUCGAAUGUGAUGCUUUGACGACAGAAGGUGCAGAUGUGUUCAUGUCAUUUGUUAUCAUUUUUCGGAAAAUAUUGGUUAUGCGCAUUCAGAGUGUUCUGUUUUAGGUGACUUUCACUCAAUAUGCAUGAGAGUUCUCAAGAGAAGGGAUUUCUCGAAUCAUAGAUAACAGUACUGUUAUCUAUGCUCGAAUAAAUGCUGUUUUUGUUGAGGACA